AUGGUAGCACUGGGAUACAUGUCUUCGAACCGACCGUCGGCGCAGCGCCCCGUGAUUGCCAAGGACAGCUCGCAAGCUGCCAGCACCGGCCCCAACAGCACACACAGCUAUCACAACCUGCAGACCUUCCAGAAUGAGGCGGUCGCGACCACGAUCAACGCGGUGCUGAAGGACGGCCUGCUGACGCCCAUGAGGUCGUUGAAGCCCUCGGAGUGCCAAACCCUCAUCAAGUGCGUCCUGAGCAAGGAGGAGCCCGAGGCGGCGCUCAUCGGCACCGCGAUGGUGAAGAUCCCGAAGGGCCUACCAAAGGGCGGGGACUGGUGUGCCUACGGUUCCAGCGCUUCCAUCGUUCUAUCCCCCUGCAACACACUCUUCGAGGACCUCCAGCAGCUCAGGGAGGCGAUGCUGACCCACGUUCGAGCCCUGCACGCCAAGGACAGCAAAGCCGAGAGGCCGGAGGAUCACUCGCCGGUGGACGAGCGGAUCUCCAGCACUCUCCUCCCCUGCUCGGUCUUCCACGGCUUGAGCAAGGUGAGUGACAAGGUCGGGGGUUACCAGAUCACCUCCCGCUUCGGCAGCGUCUUGCUCUCGGCCAGGGACAUGGCACAGGCCGUCAAGGCCGUCUCGAAGAGCAUGGAGGAGUCCGGCCUCUCCACGAGCAGGCACUGCAUCCGCGCCAAGGGCAAGGACGGUACCUACGUGCUGGACCUGCUCUACAUGCCCUCCCCGGAGGGAUCGUCGCAGGCCCUGGCGGCCAGCGUGGUGCUGCUUAAUCAUGCGUCGAGCAUCCUCCGUGGAGUCAAGGAAGAUGCAUAUCUUGGACCCGUUCCACGAAUCGUCAUCAUCAGCUGUGGUCUCCGGAUUUGGGGUUUAGGGCCAAAGGACGAUGGCAACAGCUGCAUGAGUCUGACUCAUUGGGAACUUUUGAAGGGACAGAAGGGAUCGGAUCGGAUCGCUGCUCUCGGAUAA